UAAGAUAUUUGUAUGCCCUAAUAGUUUGUUUUUUAAAUACAUACAUUUCCUGUUGAAAUCAAUCAACAAUAAAAUUGGAAAAUCUGGCAGAAAAUAGGCCAAUAAUAGUCAAGGUCGUCAAGAUUUGCCGCUGGCAACUGAAAGCUGGCUGUAGUGAUUUUCUAAUCAUAUAGGGUAGAAUGAACCGGAUUUUCGGACAGUCGAAACCAAAACAGCCCCCUCCGAAUCUGACUGAUGUCAUUGCUAAUGUAGAUGGUAGGGUUGACUCCGUUGAUAAAAAAAUCGAGAAGCUUGAUGAGGAACUCAAAAAGUAUCAACAGCAAAUGUUGAAGAUGCGCGAAGGUCCAGCAAAAAACAAUGUCAAAAUGAAGGCAAUGAGGAUACUUAAACAAAAGAAGGUCUAUGAACAUCAAAAGGAACAGCUUUCCAACCAAAGCUUCAAUAUUGAGCAGACCAACUUUGCUAUACAAACCGUACGUGACACAAAAACGACUGUAGAUGCUAUGAAAGUAGGUGCUAAGGAGUUGAAAAAAGAGAUGAAGCGUAUUGACCUGAACAAUGUCGAGGAUCUCCAGGAUGACUUAGCUGAUUUGCUUACUUCAACUGACGAGCUACAAGACAUUCUUGGUCAAUCCUACACAACACCAGAUGUUGACGAAGCUGAGCUGGAACAAGAAUUAAUGGGUCUGUGUGACGAACUAGGCAGUGAUACGACCUAUCUGAGUGAAGAAUUUAACGCACCAUCUGUCCCGACAGGAAUCCCUGGGGAAAGUGUACCCACUCCAGCUACAGGCAGUUCGAAAAUAGCCUCAAAUGUCACACUAGAUGAAUUUGGUUUGCCACAAAUUUCUUGAAUCAAUCAAUGGCUUUUCUCCGUCAGCAGUCCAAUAUACCUACAUUUAAUUUAAUCAGAAAAUAUGGUUUUAUCUAUUAACGUAUCAUAUUCACCUUCUUUGCUUGUGAUAUUUGUUAACGAAAUGAAAAUCUUUCUCCCUAUAUAUAUAUAUAUAUAUAUAUAUAUAUAUAUAUAUAUAUAUA